AUGUCCGUGUCCGCACUUUCGCUCAUCCAGCCUCCUCACUUUGGUUUUGGCAACGAACUACGCAAAUCGAUCGCCGCUGCGUGCUGCGACCAAGACGACAUCUACCAGUCCAGGACCUACUACCACCUCACUAUGGGGAAGCCCAAUGCCAGUCCGGGUAACACCGGCCUCGAGUCCGUCAUCGCGGGCGUUGUGUCCGGCUGCGUCACGCGCUCCUGCACGUCUCCUCUGGACGUGCUGAAGAUCGUGAUCCAAGUGAACGGCCCCGUGCCCACCCAGACGGCCGUUGCACCGACUACCAACGCUGCCGCAUCUGCUACUACCGUAUCCAUGCCAUCUUCGCUUGUGGCCGUGCGCUCUAUCGCCGCACAGCCGUCGGCGUCCUCCGCCAUUGCGCGCACCGUCCGCGAGUUGUACUCGCUGGGCGGCGUGCGCGCCUUCUGGCGGGGCAACAGCGCCGGCUGCUGCCGCCUCGGUCCCUACGCGGGCCUCAAGUUCUACCUAUAUGAUUCACUGCAGGCACGUUUCGCCGCCAGAGAGGGCCGCGAGCUCAGCAACUGGCAGCGCGCGCUGUGCGGCGCCACCGCCGGCCUCAUCGCCACCAUGGGCACGUACCCUCUCGAGGUGGUGCGCACGCGCAUGAUCUCACAGACGACGGCUCCAGCCGCAGCCAACAGCGAGAUCCGAGGUGUGCUCCAAGGCGUGAAGCUCAUCUUGGAGCGCGAGGGGCUGCGUGGUCUGUACCGUGGUGGCUGGUCCGGCGUCAUGGGCGCCAUCCCGUUCGAAGGCGUGCAGUUCGGCUGCUACGAGUACUUGAAGUUGACGGCCAUCCGUCACCAGUGGCCGGCCUACCGUUGGCCUGAAGGCAAGACCGAAAUGGACGGGCUGGACUACUUCGUGUGCGGCAGCGUCGCCGGUGCAAUCGCCCAAACUGUGGCGUAUCCGUUCGACACCGUGAAGAAGCGCCUGCAGUCGCAGCAGGUGCACCUGAAUGUAUCUACAGUGGGCCCGUUGUCAGCCGAAGGAGGCAGUCCAUCGACGCUGUACUACCGAGGCAUGGUGGACUGCUUCCGCAAGGUCAUCCGUGACGAAGGUCCUUUGGCGCUGUACCGCGGUACGGGCCCCAACCUGGCCCGCAUCGUGCCGUACGCCGCCGUUAUGUUCUCGACGUAUGAAACAACCAAGAAGACUCUGCGCGUGCUACGCGGCCGUGAGUGAAGUGUGAAGUGUGAAGAAGAGAGAGACGAGAAGCCCCCCUCUUGAUAUUUAUUAGUCCCAGUGAGUAAGUGACCGCCUCUGCGAGCCAGAGGCCCAGUGAGCUGCAUCCCGUGCCACCUGCGUACGUUCUUGUAAUUCUAGGGGAAGAGCGCUUGAAAGCAAACGCCUUAUAGCAAAAUAACUAAACAAGCAGCAUUGUCAUUGUCAGCGAC